AUACUAUAUAACUGUUCAAUAACUCUCGGGACGCAGUGGUGCUACAGUGACCCAGUCGCGACAACAUGCGGUUCAGCAGACUAUUGUUUCUUGCACUUUUAUUAAAAGUUGCAAACAGCAACGUGACCAGUAAUACAAAUGAAACAAUAUCACGCUUUACACAUGAACUUAAUAAUUGGGUACCUGAACAAAAGGAAACUAAAGAAUUUCAACAGUUAAUCCAUAGUCUAACUCUUCCAACCGGCUUGCAGCAUACAGAUUGGCGUAGUUUCGAGGGCGAUUUAAAAUCAAACAUUUGCAUAAUAUGUAAAUCUGUUGUAAAUACUUUUAUAGAAUAUUAUAGAAAUGGCAUGUCAGUAGAAGACAUAAGUUCUAGAGUGAUUAAACUGUGUACUCUACUAAAGCUGCAAACGGCACAAGUCUGCAAUGGUGCAGUAACCAUCAAUUUACCAAUAAUUGUGCAUAUCAUAGAUUCAAAGCCGAAUCUAACGUCAUCCACAAUUUGUGGAUUUCUACUGAACUCACCGUCUUGUCCGCUUAAUGAUGACGAGUUCAAUUGGACAGUCAACAUUGAUGAUGGUCCCCCAAAAUUUAUUGAACCGAAAGAGAGUAAUGAGACCAUAAGUAUAGUGCAAAUAACAGAUAUUCAUUACGAUCCUAACUACGAGCCUUACGGCAAUUCAUUUUGUGACGAACCAACGUGCUGUCGGAAAGGGCAAAAUGACUCGAAUACAAGCGGCAAGGUGGCAGGCUAUUGGGGAGAUUACAAUUUUUGCGACAGUCCGUGGCAUACCGUUGUUGAUGUCCUAGAUCACAUUAGAGAUCAACAUCAAAAUAUCUCCUACGUUUAUUUCACUGGCGACAUAGUAGACCACGGUGUUUGGGAAACUAGUAUUGAGGGAAAUAAACAAAGUCUGAGCAAGAGCUACCUGCAAAUUCGCGAAACAUUCGAAAAUGUCAAAGUGUACCCUAUUUUGGGUAAUCACGAGCCGCAUCCUUUAAAUCAAUUCGCACCUAAGACGAUUACUAACGAUGAGAUAAGCACACAAUGGCUGUAUAAAAUGAUGUCUGAUCUAUGGAUCAAUUACGGCUGGUUACCUGAAUCUACACGCUCUACCAUUCUACAGGGUGGAUUCUACACGGUUUCGCCUAAGAAAGGGUUUCGAAUUAUAGCCCUGAACAAUAACGUAUGUUAUAAUUACAACUGGUGGCUGUGGUAUCACUCACAAGAUCCCGACGGCCAGUUGCAAUGGCUGGCGGACACGCUUUUGCAAGCUGAAAAAGAUGGGGAGUACGUGCACAUACUAGCGCACAUACCGCCCGAUCAUGACGACUGUAACACCGCAUGGAAGAGGGAAUACAUCAAAAUUGUCAACCGAUUUGCCCACAUUAUUAGAGCGCAGUUCAACGGCCAUACGCACAACGAUGAAGUGCAGUUGAUUUACAGUAGUGACGAUGACAAGAUUAACAGCGUCGCGUGGAACGGCGGUAGCGCGACCACCUUUCAGAAUUUAAAUUCCAACUACAAGGUGUACACUGUCGACAGCCAAAAUUACGCGGUAGAGGAUUUCGAGAAUUGGAUAUAUAAUUUAACUCUAGCGAACGCUACCCCUGACCAGCGGCCAACGUGGUACAAGUCGUACUCAUUUAAAGAGGAAUACGGCCUUUCCGACCUGACAUACAACUCGUUACACAUUUGGCUAUCCAAACUAUCGAGCGACGAGGAGCUGCUAAAUCGCUACUACAGGCACUAUUUUAAACAAGCUGAACCAUCACUGAGGAACGAAUGCGACGCAAAGUGCAUGAGAACUUAUAUGUGCCGUAUAAUUGCAAGCCUGGGAGAUCUCAAAAUUAAAUGUAAUAACAAUCUUGAGUUUACAUCUAACUAGUUGUCGAUUCGACUUGAUGAGUUCUAUUAAGUAUGCGUAAGAACAAAAAGUAAGAAAAAAAACAUGUUAUUUUAGAGAAGAUACUUUACGAAAAAAAUAACAUUCUACAUUUAUUACUAUAUAUUUUUUACAUUCCUUGCAUAAUAACGUUAUGUAUUUACAAGAACACAAUAUUUCAUUAUCUAUCACUCUUAUCUGCUAACUGUAAUCAUGAUUGUUGAUUCUUACACAAACUUUUUAUGUCUAUUAAUUUUAAAGUAGGUUCUCUUAAAAAGAUUUCAUUAUUUGAUAAACUGUCAAACAGACAUAUCUGGAAAAUAAAGAAAUUUUUUAAAAAUAAAAUACAGUUGCAAGAAUUGCACGUUAACUUUCGCAAGUUAUUUUGCGCCGACAACAUGGAAUAAAAUACGGAAUAUAGUUUUA